CGUUCAUUGGACUACAUAGCUUAUGUAAUGAGGUGAAAACGCGCAUCGAUUCCACUCAACGUGCCCGUUGAAGUGACUGAACACGCUCUCCAUCGUUACAACGCUACUCCUUUUCCUUUCUGACCACAUCUUUGAAUGAUUGUUUGCUCCAAAACUUGAGUAUGCCUCUGGUCGUACCCGCUCUACGCUUGUUUCUCGUCUUCUUGAACAUAUACGAGACAUUCAAGACCCUCAAGUUUCCACCUCCCAGACGAGGUGGACAGCCCAGCGCUCGAGCGUUGUCUCAAAGGAAAAGGGACCUUAAAGGAUGCCUAGCAAUUUGGGUCGUUUGGUGCUGUUAUGCAGCAUAUGAGAGGACUUGUGACCGAGUUUUCGGUUUUCUUGUACCCUUCCACAGCGAGAUGAAGUCGGUGUUGCUGCUCUUCCUUCUUGUUACCCGUGCCAAAGGAGCCGAGCCCCUGUAUCUACAUGUCAUCCGACCUUUCAUCAAACCCUACUCCAUAAUCGUGGAUCCAGCUCUUGAAAUUGUACGUGAUGUAGGCGAUUUCCUAUUCGCCCUUUCACAAGUUCCCGUGGACUACGUCCGCUCAACAUGGCCACUGGCAUGGCCUAUUGGAGAGUCCGACACUGGUCGUGACUGCCCGCCGGAAGAGUUAGCCAAUUUUACUCUUACGAGUCGCACCGUUACUAUUCCACUUCCUAAAACCUACGAAGCCGUGCAAGCGCCUCGAGAUAAACACUCGACUUCAGUGCGUAGCGUAUCCGAUAGCAAGCGGCGUUCGAAUAGUCGCCAGUCGAUUUACGCUUCUCGCGGACGUCACGCUAAAUCUACAUCUACUGCAACUCUCCCUCAGUAUAGUGCUCACCCUCCGUCGCAUGAACCCCCUCAGUACUCACAGACUCUACCACGUGGGAGAAAUCAAAAUCACUACCCUCCCGUCUCUACACACGGCAAUGACCUUUUAGGUGACCCGUCUACACCUGGAUUUACGCGGUCUUUAUCGUAUCAUCCUGUACGCGAAUACCAGUCGGAUGAGUGGAGGGUAUACCCUGCGUUCCCGUCCGCAUACCCGCCAACUCCCUUGCCUGUGCUGGCGUCGCUCCCUAGCCCAGUUGCUCGAUCAAAAUCCGACAGCCACCACCCUCCGAUACCCGAGGACACACCGGAUUUUCACAUGCCGCUUGAACAGCACCCCAGCUCCGUACACGACUCAAACCAAGGACAUGGUGGCAACUCUGGGGUGCAAAAGCGACGUGAUCGUCUCGAACCUGAUAACGAAUCAGCCGACGAUACCGGCGAUGAAGGAAGCCAGACUGAUCUGAGCGAGCAUUCUCGCGCUGGUGACGACAGCGAUUAUGAUUACAACGCAACGAUGAGAACACCUUAUCGCUAUCUCUAUUCGAAUGGCGUCGAUCCCAGUCCUGCAGUUUCCUCUGCGAGUGUGGCGAGUCAAUCCACCACUCUGUCCACUGCGGAUAAUGCGUCAUCCUAUCACGGCAGGACUUCCAUGGAGUCCCUUUACUCCUCCGACUCCUCCGCCCCUAGGGAAAGCCAUGCAUACGUUCUGCGCUCUCGAAAUGCCACCCUACGUGGGAGGCCCGCGGGUGCUCGUUUGUCCCGUGAUCCCCUACAAUCAAGCGCGAGCGAAACUCCGGACGAAGACAGCGAAGAUAGUGGUAUAGGCGUGAAACCACAACCUGUGCUGCAACCGGUGAGACGUGCUAGUCAUGUGCGACCUGUUGCGAGAGCAGCAGUCACUACUCGUAAUAAGACAGCCGUCGCUACUACGGCCGUGCCUAUCCGCGCGAAAACUGUGACAGCUGCGUCGCGGGGACGUGGCUCAGGACGACCUACUAGCUCUAGUGUUUCUACUAUUCGUGCCACUCGCAGUAGUGGAGUUCCUUACCGGGGUCGAGGGGGGGUCACGGAAUUUGGGGUAGGAAGAACCACUUCCAACUCGCGGACGGGAACUGUAAGAGAGGAAGGCAGGUUGACUUGCAAACCUCUCGGACUGAGUACAGUGUUGUUGAUGUCGGACCCACCGUGCCGUAAGUGAUUCUCACUGUACUAUAUCCAUCGUGUAGCACCACAGUCGUGUUAUGAUCUGUCCAGAGCCACUCUGAUUUGUAGUCUCGAGAGAAAAUUCGUUUAAUGCAUGCC